CAAAAUCUUCAAAAGGCCAACCGUAAGAUUUGCAUUUCGACUCAAAAAUGAAACUUCCGUGCGAGGAGAACAUGAAUCGUGAGAACGAUCGCACGUUCACGGUAUGGAAGAUUUGUGACCGAAUUCGCCAAUCCCAGAGCUUACAUAAACACUCCGAACUGCGUAAAUCUCUUCAAGAACACGAUCCUUGUUCGUGCGGAUUUAUACAAGGCUAUGAAUUCGCCAACGUAUUGGGUUGUGUCCUACGGGAAUGUAUUUGCGGAGCCGAAAUUUGCCAAUUGGCAGAUUACUUCCAGACGCCCGACUCGGCAGGGGUAGCUUAUACGCAGUUUCUAGAUGUUAUCAGAUCAGAUGAAGAAUCAUUGGGAGUGUUGAAAACAAGAAAAAGUCUUUCGAGUAGCGAGCAUCGACUGUUGUCACUUUUAUUAAUGCAAAUCGCCAAAGCGCUACAAUUUCGGGAACAGGUUCUCCGACCGUACUUCGAAGACUACGAUCUAAUUGCUCGAAACGGUGGAUCGGUCACCUAUGCGUACUUUAAACGCGUUUUGUACUUUUUAGGAAUCACGUUUGGCCUUCAUGAAUGGGACCUCUUGGCAAAACGAUACAUGGUAGAUAACUAUAAAAUUGACUACGAGUCGUUUGUGAAAGAAAUCGAUCAGCUGUUGAGAUACUUGGAUAGCAAAGGCCCACUUGAUCGCCGAAGUGUUAACAAUGUUCCAUCGAAAAUCAUUACCGCUACGUUACCCAAGAGCGACAGACCAGAGGUUGGUGUGGUCAAUUUAUCCGAAAUACUCGGUAAACAUUUAGCAUACCAUCCAUGUUUGACACCAUCAAAGGAGGAACGUGACUUCCAGACAAUAAUGGAUCGUAUUCAGCGGUUCAUUUGGGAAAACAGAGUACGCACUCGGGAGUUCUUCGAACAGUUUGAUCUGUUAGUUUGCGGCUGGAUUAGUCGAAGUCAGUUUGUUCGCUCCAUGGAUGCACUUGGGCUAUCGGGGCUGUAUCGUUUGCCCUUAACAGAUCGUGAGAUUAGAAGCAUCUGUGAACGCUAUCAGGACCCGAAAGAUGCUAACAAAAUAUGUUGGAUUAGUUUCGCUGAACACGUCGAUGAAGUAUUCACCUUGAAAAACCUUGACCAUGGUCCAUUCCAAGUCGUAGAAUCACCUCCAGAUAGGAUAAAAAACUUGCCACAAGACGGUGCAUCCGAACCAGUGCAACAAAAACAACAAUACCGCGAUUUGACACAGGAAAUCGUUGGAUGUAUUCGGACCUUGGUAGAAGCUAAACGAGUUUUGAUAGCUCCUGUAUUUAAAGACUUUGACCCACAUCGUAAUGGGCACAUCACUCGCAGCCAAGUCGGUGAAGCGUUGUCGAUGGCAGGUGUGAUGAUAACGGAAGAGCAACGGUAUGCAUUAAGCGAGCGGUAUUCAGACGAUUUGGGAUUCAAUUACGUGAAAUUUUUGAAUGAUGUUGAUCCGAUGCCUGUGAUAAGAUCAGCCUAUGAAGAUUUGCAAACCAGACUAGCAGUGCUGAACGCAGCAGACAAUCGUACCGCUCCCGAUCCUCAUCAAUGCGAUAUUGUUCGUGUUUUGGCCAAAGUGAAAGGGCAAGUAGUGCGCAGGAAACUACGAAUUAUCGACCCGAUGCGAGGAUUCGAUCCACUCAAUCACUUUCGCAUAACCAAGGAACAAUUCGAACGUGGAUUAUCAACGGCUUCCUUCGAUCUAACGCCAACGGAGGUGCAUACUCUGGCCAUGAUUUUCAAAACGCCUCUGCAGAAUACGAUCGAUUAUAAGCGAUUUGGUGACACUGUCGCCGAGGUGGACUACCAAUGUGAUCUGGAGAAGGCUCCCAUGUUGGUCCCACUGCAACACGUUUCAACCGAAGAUGGUCCUCACAAUCAUCUGAACUUUGAAGAGCGAACAAUUGCAUCCCGAUCGCUUCAGAAGUUGGCUCGGUAUGCAGAUGUCGUUUCCAACCUAAGAUCCCUAUUCCAAGACUUUGACCGAAACCGUAUAGGAGUCAUCAAUCGCAACCAGCUCAUUCGCGCCCUGGCUGUCCGUGACCUGCAUACAGCGAUAUCCAGUCGUGAGUUUGAAGUGCUUUGCAAAUGCUUUGGCGUGGAGAUAGGUUACAGACAGGAAAUUAACUAUCGAGCACUGCUAACGGCACUAGAUUAUCUAUACGCCAAUCGCGAAAAUCACCCAUUCUGAAGUGUUAUAUAUUUGUUCAAUUAUUAAUCGCAUGCACCGGUGAAGUGUGCGAACGACUGGUAAUAAAAUGGUAUAAAUUGACAAGAACUAAAACAUAACAUUUCAUAAAGAAAUAUACUCACACACCAAGCUGUUUGAUUAAAGUAGCUUAAAAUGACGACUAUCAGUAUUCUAAUCGCAAUUAUUAGUGUUAUCAUUCUUAUAAAUGCUCAGGAAAAUUGUCAACUGGAAAAGUGUCCCGAAUACGGUUCGAAUGAAGUGGAACAUGUUCUAACACUACUUCCAGUGCCAUGGAACUGUAGUCAGUACGUCAUGUGCGAUCGAGGUUUUCAGCAUAUCAGACCUUGUCCACUGGGACUUCACUUCAUACCAAGCUUGCGAGUUUGUGAGUUCCCAGAUCGCGCAACCUGUACCGAAAGCUGCCUCCAGCCACCUGCAUACUCAUUGGAGAAUAAGGAUUAUAAUGGUUCUGGUUACCUAGUUCUGAAAUAAAGACAACUC